CCACUCUUUAUUAUAUUUGUAUUGUAUUGAAGCAGUUUGAAAGAAAAAUUGAAUUAGGGUUUCAUCUUCUUCACCGCACUCACUGUAGUAGUAUCUGCGCAAAUCCAAUCUCGUUCUUCUCUUCUCUUAUCAUCUUUCCCGCCAUUUCAUUCACACUCUCUCCACUUCAUUUCUCAUCUUUUCAAUACUAUCCGUUAGAUCCGUCAUUUUCACAUUUUUUUUCAAUUUCCAAAAAACUUUUUGACCGUUACUCUCGCCGGAGUAAACGGUGAAAUGUCUACAUCAGAAGUUGAGAAGAAGGUCGAGGAAGAGAAUCAAGCUCCUAAAGGAGGUGAACUCUUGUUCUGUGGUGCCACGUGUUGGGAUAUCGUUGGUCGUCGCAAAGGUCCUGCUGAGGGUAAUUUGGUCUCUCCUUCCCGCCUCCGUCCUCUCGUCGGCAUCAGUAUUCGAUACGUUGCAUCGGGCUGCGCGUCGUGUCAUUGCGUGGCAUUGGACGUUGAAGGGCGUUGCUAUACAUGGGGGCGUAAUGAGAAAGGGCAACUGGGUCAUGGAGAUACCAUUCAGCGUGAUAGGCCAACUGUGGUUUCUGAACUUUCAAAAUACAAGAUUGUUCAAGCUGGAGCUGGGAAGAGCCAUACUGUAGUUGUUACAGAGGAUGGAAAUUCCUUAGCAUUUGGAUGGAACAAACAUGGACAGCUAGGUUCUGGUUCUGCAAAAACUGAAAUUGAAUCAUCCCCUAUUCGCUGUCUCGUGUCUGAAGUUACAUAUGCUACAUGUGGUGGCGACUUUUCUGUGUGGCUAUCUUCAGUCGAAGGAUCUUCUAUACUGACUGCUGGGCUUCCACAGUAUGGGCAGCUUGGGCAUGGAACAGAUAACGAGUAUAAUUCCAAAGACAGUUCUGUGAAAUUAGUUUAUGAAGCACAGCCACGUCCUCGAGCAAUAGCUUCCCUUGCUGGGGAAACCAUUGUCAAGGUGGCAUGUGGAACAAAUCACACAGUGGCGGUGGAUAAGAAUGGCUUUGUCUACACGUGGGGUUAUGGUGGUUAUGGAAGGCUAGGACAUCGGGAGCAGAAGGAUGAAUUCGCUCCACGCCGUGUUGAUAUUUUCACGAAUAGAAACGUGUUGCCUCCUGAUGCAAUUAUUUCAGCAGGUUCUGUGAAUUCUGCUUGUACUGCAGCUGGAGGGCAGCUGUACAUGUGGGGCAAAAUUAAGAACACCGGUGAUGACUGGAUGUACCCUAAGCCUCUAAUGGAUUUAAGUGGUUGGAAUAUACGAUGCAUGGAUUCAGGGGGUAUGCACCAUUUUGUUGGGGCUGAUUCCUCGUGCAUAAGUUGGGGUCAUGCUCAGAAUGGAGAGCUGGGAUACGGACCUAAUGGACAGAAGUCUUCAGCUGUUCCCAAGAAGGUGGAUAUACUUGAGGGUAUGCAUGUAAUGAGUGUUGCUUGUGGUUUGGGUCAUUCCAUGGUUGUGGUUGACAGAGCAAAUAUUGCUGAUAGACUUGAUCAGCUUGAUACACAUGAUGGCAAAGCUGUUGGUGAAGGUAAUGAGACCGUGAAUAAAACUCAAGUGCCUAAAAAGGCGGCACCAAAAACAGGUGCAACUGCAAAGAAAGCUGACAGCUCAAAGAAGAGGAAAAAAGCAAAAGAUGCAUCUGACUCAGAAGAAGAGCAAGAAGAGGCUGAAGAAAGUGACAAUAGCGAGGAUGAAGUUAAUGGUGAGGCUGAGGUUAAAACAUCACGUGGUGGAAAAAGUUCUGGCAAGGGCCGGGGUAAGGCAUCCAAAGUGUCGGAGUCUGAGGGUAAAGGCUCUGGCCGAGGACGCGGUCGUGCUCCUGCAAAUAACAGCAGCUCUAAAUCUUCUCCAGUGAAGUCAACCGGUAAGAGAGGAAGACCCAGAAAGUCAUGACUUAGUUUUUAGUUGGAAAUUUUCGUAGCAACUCAAAAUGCGGUCCAGCUAACUAUUAAUUGCAAUUUUUUCUUCAAAAAGACAUUUAAAUUGUAACCUUUUUUGGAAUGUAGAGGCUUAAGUUUUUUGUUAAGGGAGGUAUACGGUAUACCACCUUCAGUUUUCCAUCAGCCUAAUAGAACCUUAAUCAGCGGCUGGUGACCUGGUGAGAUGUUAUUGAUGAAACUUGAGGCCCAUUCUGUUGUUUUAAUUUUUAAUCUGUGAUGUAUAAUAUUCUUAUUUUUCGUUAAUCUCAACUUAAUUUUCAAUUA